AUGUUUGGCUCACAGGAAAAACGCACUAUAGGAUUGUUAUGGUUCCUCAUACUGACAGGAAUCAUCUCUGGUGCUCCGUUGGAUGCAUCAACCGGAGUUGAAGGAGAUAGUCCUACCAUUAAUCCAGUUGCUAGUCCACUGGAGCAAGCCGGUGAUUAUUUUCAAGGCGAUAUGAUUUUAACAAAUGAACAGGAAGAAGCUCUAACUGAUGGCAGAACUUCCUUGAUCGGUGCAUCCUAUCGGUGGCCAGAUAAUACGGUGUAUUAUGCAAUCGAUACCAAUGCGUUUACACUAACCCAGCAGGAUGCCAUUAGGGCGGCGUUACAGCAAAUUAUGCUUGUUAGUUGCAUGAAGUAUGUUGCACGCACUACUCAAACAGAUUAUGUUCUAGUAACGGGCGAGUAUACCGGUUGCUGGUCAUAUCUAGGCCGCCGCGGUGGAGCACAGCAAUUAAAUUUACAGCCAAAUGGAUGCCUGAGCCGCGGUACCAUUAUGCACGAGUUCCUGCAUGCACUGGGUUUCGUCCAUAUGCAGAGUGCCUCAGAUCGUGAUUUCUAUGUCAAAAUCAAUUGGGCCGCUAUUCAAGGUGGCAAGGAGAGCAACUUUGAUCGGUACUCAUCAGCCAUAAUCGACGAUUUUGGCAUUUCAUACGACUACGAAAGCGUUAUGCACUACGGAGCGACAGCGUUCAGCACCUCGGGAGCUGCAACUAUCAUCCCGUACGAGAGUGGAGUCUCCAUCGGUCAGCGAGUCGGUUUGAGCUACAAGGACAUCAAACGUUUGAAUAUGCUCUAUCCAAAUUGUAACUAA